AGAAAUACGAUUUAAUGAAUGAUUUAAUGAGCUUUGGACUCCACAGAAUAUGGAAAGACCAUUUCGUUCAACUUGUCAACUUCCCGCCUCUUCGCACCCACAAGACCCCUCAGGGGGCCCCUCAGGGGGCCCCUCAGGGGGCCCCCACAGGAGGUGCAGAGGUACAUGCAUCUGAAGGGGGCCCCCAGGGGGCCCCCCAAGCUGCUGAGGCGUUUACAGUGUUGGAUUUAGCUGGGGGUACUGGAGAUAUUGCCUUUCGGUUGAUAGACAGGGCCCUGAUGCAGCUUACCCAGUCAGAGCAGCAGCAGCAGCAGCAGCAGCAGCAGCAGCAGCAGCAACAGCAGCAGCAACAGGAACAGCAGCAGCAAGGGCAAGACCAGCAGCAAGUACUGGGUUGCAGCGGUGUUGAGGUAACAGUGUGCGAUAUAAAUGAACAAAUGCUGCAAGUGGGAAUGCAGAGAGCAGCAGAGCGGGGCCUUCCUGCUGCUCCUUUAAUAGACAUGAUGCGCCCCAGCAACAGCAGCAGCAGCAGCAGCAGCAGCAGCAGCGGGGUUUUGCUGCCUCGACCGGAGGACUUUGGGCGUGUGGGGCCUGUUGGUUUACGUUGGGUGCGCGGAAGCGGUGAAUGUCUGCCCUUUGCUUCUUCUUCAUUUGAUUUGCUAACAAUUGCAUUUGGCCUGCGUAACUUCGCGAAUAUAGAAAGGGGUUUAAGUGAGGCUGCGCGUGUAUUGAAGCCCGGGGGUCGUCUGUUAUGUUUGGAGUUUACCCCCGUAGACACCCCAGUGAUAAAGCCUCUAUAUGAUUUGUUUUCCUUUACUGCAUUACCUUUGUUAGGGCAUUUUGUUGCUGGGGAUCGUGAUGCUUAUCAAUAUCUCGCAGAGUCUAUUCGUCGCUUCCCUGCUGCAGAGCAUUUAGGGCAUAUGCUGCAGCAGCAGGGAUUUAUUCAUGUCUCCUACAGCACCAUGACGUGUGGUGUGGUUGCAAUACACUGCGCGCAUAAGAAACCCUAA